AUGUCUCUCAACAAGGAAAGAGGCAACUCACUCAUACGAUCACUUCAUCUUGGUAAUGUUCGUCCACACUUACAAACCUUCGGAGGAGGAUCAAUUGGUGAGUUUUUAGAUUCUGGUAAUAUUAUGAAUAGUGGAUUAUUGCCAGCUAGAUUGGAUUUAUUCUCUACACCAACAAGAGGAAGAAGUAAUACGAAUGGUUCCGUACAUUCUAUCGUACCAGAGACAUCAAUUAAUUAUGAAUUAUUUUCUCUGAAGAGAAUCAUGUCUUUAUCAACUGGUACCUAUCCAGUUAGUCAAUCUACACAUAAUUCUAAUGAUUAUUUAAUUGAUACAGCACAAUGGGAGGAAAUUUCAAUGAGUCAAUCUUAUUGGAACAAGUAUAUUAUGAAAGAGAAAAAAUCUGCUGAUUUUUUGGAUUAUGAUAAAGCAUCAUCAAAUGAUAGUUUGGGAAAUCCGUCUAAUCUAGAUACAAGCUCGAUUAGUUCUAGUACUAAUGGAUCAUCACAAAAUGUCGGAGAUGAUUUUUUCACAAAUGCCAUCAAGCAAAAUGCAACUUCUGCAUCACCAAGAAAAAGACCAACAUCGGAAAACUAUUCAAAAGAUAUUAGCAAUGUUUCUAAACCAGUUACAUUUAAAAAUGUAAUUUCUGGUGGAUCGAGUACACUAUAUAAUGUUAUUGCUUGUUUGUGUUCGAAUAAUGUGAUUGUGCUGAGAUUUUUUGGUACUGUUAAAUAUAUCGAGAGAGAUGAUGAAAAACAUAAACAUGGAAAAUAUAAUGAUGAGGAUGAAAUGUCUGAAACUGAGAGUGUCGCCUCUGUAGGCUCUGUUAAUAAUAUGGGAGGUGCUAAUCUUCGUAUGGAGGAUGAAGAUUAUUCCAACAAUAGAUUAUGUUCUCCUAUUGUACGAUGUUUGAGUUAUUUUCAAGAAAAUGAAAUUGAUAUAGAAACAAUUUCAAUGGAAGAGAGUGCUAGAUGGUUGAGCUGCAUUACAGCAGAAGGAGAUGUAUAUAUUGUACCAAUUUGUAGAUUAUUUUUCCCUUAUAAUUUGGAUAAUAGUUAUCCAUUUAAGAAAAAUCAAGACGAUUCCAAUGGUGGUAUUAACUUACAUCCAUCAUUAAUGGAUUAUACGCUUUAUCAAGUCGAUACACCAUCUGAAAACAACUCUCAGAAUAAUCAGUUCACCGAGGCUCUUUCACUAAAUCUGAUGAAAAACAUGGAACUUGUAGUUGCCAACUCUUCCAGUUCAUUGAAAAAACAUCAACAAGUACAAAAAUACUAUCAACAACACUUGUUACAGACCCAAUCACUUUUGGAACCAAUUGAGAGAAUUGUCAUGACUUCCAACACCAGAACAAAGAGACAAUAUACACCGUUGAAGCAUGGUCAAGUUACCUGUUCUGCAUGGUGGGUCUCCUUUUCUAAUCAUCCCCUCAAAAAGUAUUAUGUGAUAUUUGGUACUGACAGAGGAUUUUUAGUUUUUUAA